AGCUUGUUUAUAUUUAUUAUUAAUUAGUAUUUGUUUCUAUACAGUGUGCCGUUCUUUACAGGAAGUAAAAAAAACUUCCGGCAUCGGUUCGUGUUUGUGUUGGAGGUCACUUUGCUUUGAAGAGCAGCAAUUAUGGGUGGAGAUCAUGGACAUGGACAUGGAAAAUUAUCCAUGCCGGAUUUCAAAGCAUGGAAAUGGGAAGGUACACCACUGGAAGUGACUCAGCAAAGGCUCGCUCGACGAGGACUCAGGGACCCCUGGGCUCGGAAUGAGGCAUGGAGAUAUACAGGCAGCUUUGGCAUCCCAGUUACCUUCCGGGAUGUUCUCAUGCGUGGGUUUAAGACGGGAUUUGCAGCAUUUGCUAUAGCACUGGCAGUGGAGUACACAUUCUUCCCUCCAAAGAAGUCUGAUCACUAACACAAAGAGAAGUUAAAGCUCAUAUCAUGAGCCACCAACCACCGGACUCUCGGUUUCAUACAGGUUAAGCCUGUUGUCUUUCUUGCAAAGACUUUAGCCCAUGUGUUCAUUCAUCCUUACAUUUCCCAUGACCAAUCUUUAGAAUAAAUAUGAAUAAAUUA